AUGAAGUCUGGCCUUAUCGUCACGCUGGCAAGUGCGCUCGUCCUGGCGAAACGGGCGCGGCUCCCCGACAAAAUCAACCUGGACGAGCGCAUCCGGUUUGGUUGGUGUCGGGAGGCGAACCAGACCGACACUUGCGACGAGCGGUUACUGGAUCAUGCGCGGUGCUACGACUUUGAGAUCCUCGACGAGUACUUAAACGACAACGUCGAAACCAUCACAGUAACGGGCGGACGAUGCGUGAUCUGGGAGAAGAACGGAUGCCACGGAGACCACACGGGCAUGAUUGUCGGCAAAGACAUCAUCGCCGACAACGUGUGUCCCGGAUACCCCUGGUCGCGCCGGGCCUCGUCGGUCAAGUGCUGCGGAGGCGAUUACAAUGCGCUGUGGUGCGCAGAUCCGGGGAAGAGACCCAAGUGCACGGAUUGA